UGGGAGUAGCGUGUUAGUCUGUCCAUCUUAAUAUCGGCUUUUUAUGUUGCAACAUUUCCUUUUAAGAAAGAAGCACCAGAAGAGACACAGUGUCGCUUUAAUUGGGAAAAAUGUUAUCGACAGUGAACAAGGCUUUUACCGGGAGCGUUUAAUGUUAUGGACUGUACAAUAAGUUAGCUCGCUGGCUAGUCGAAGAAUGCUAGCUAAAUACUGCCGCGUCUCAGAAGAAACCAGCAAUGACUGACAGCGAUUUCUAUGGAUACACAUCUAUUAAUGUGGGAUUUUAGAGAGCUGCCAAACACAGGUUCGUCUUUGAAAAGGUUCAAUCACCCUACUGACUGUCAUGGACAACGUGAAAUCACGCAGCAAUGAUGACGAUGAAGAACUGCACUCCACAGAUCCAGAGAGUAAAGAGAAGAGCAAAGAUAAAAAGACACUGUGCAAAGUAAAGUGGUCCCGAGAUGAGGAUGAAAAGCUGAAAAAGCUUGUCGAGCAGCAUGGAACUGACUCCUGGAAAUUAAUAGCCAACUUUUUUCCAGGGAGGACAGAUGGCCAGUGUCAGCACCGCUGGCAGAAGGUGCUCAACCCAGAACUGGUGAAAGGACCCUGGACAAAAGAGGAAGAUCAAAAGGUUAUUGACCUGGUACACAAGUAUGGCCCCAAGCGUUGGUCAGUGAUCGCAAAACACCUCCAGGGGAGGAUUGGAAAGCAGUGCCGUGAACGGUGGCACAAUCACCUUAACCCAGAGGUGAAAAAGUCUUCAUGGACUCAGGAAGAGGAUCGAAUAAUCUAUGAAGCCCACAAACGUCUGGGAAACCGUUGGGCAGAGAUCUCCAAGCUUCUUCCUGGACGAACGGACAACUCCAUCAAGAACCACUGGAACUCCACCAUGAGGAGGAAGGUGGAGCAUGAAGGCUACCUGCAAGACGACUGCAAGACUUUGACUUCCUCUCAUUCUGGAGGGAAGAGACGCCACCACAGGCUGUGUCCCCCAACUCCAGCAGAGCCCCAGAACUGUGAUCACAGUCCCCUGUCGAUACCGGAACCCAACCAGAUAGGGGGAUAUCCAUAUGAUCCUCACACUGGGCACAUGAUAGACAGUCUUCCUGAAAAUUCAGGCCUCAUACCGAGCUUGGAGCAGUACUCAGCCUGGUCAGACAGUGUGUUGGAUGACACAUUAACCACAAGUAGCAGUAGCCUGGAGGAGCAGGCAGAGAGAAGACCCUGGAGGGGCCCUGAGAUUCCCCAGGGUCCUUCAGCACAGCUUCCUGUCUCUCCAAACAGGUUCCUGGCUGUGGAGGCCAGCACUGUGCUCUCCACCCUGCAGAACAUACCAGAAUUUGCAGAAACCAUGGAGCUUCUUGACUCUAUGUCUUUUGCUCUGCAGGACCCUGUUGCAUGGAGCAACGUGGCCAGUUUCGACCUGUCAGAGACAGCGACACCACCCAGGCACAAUCAGGCAGGCUACACAACUCUCCUGCAUGAGAGGAUGACUGAUAAUUCAAUGGGUUACACAGUCAACACAACUGCCAUUUCAGGCCGAGACAAGAACUGUGCUCCAUUUGGUCUUGGCAGUGUCACCUCCCUGACUCCCAUCAACUCAUCCAAACCCUCCCAGGAAUCGAUUGGAAGGAGGAGGAGAAGAGAGAGGGGGGAACCGUCUCCUUUGUGCGACAGGACCUGCUCCUCCCUCUUAGAAAAUAUCUCAAAUUCUCCCAAGAAAACGCCCACAAAGUCACUGCCAUUUACCCCAUCACGAUUCUGCAACAUAACAGGGACGGAGCAUCUGAAUCUGGAUAACCCUGCCCUCACCUCAACUCCUGUAUGUGGCCAAAAGUGUCUCCUCUACACACCGCUCCACAAAGAAACCACACCUAAGCACCAGAAAGAGAAUGAUGGUUCGCGGACCCCCAAAUUCCGUAAAACUGUAAUGAUUCCAACCCCAAGGACACCGACUCCUUUCAAAAAUGCUUUGGCUGCCCAGGAGAAAAUGCAUGGGCCCCUGAAAAUGGAGCCGCAGCCUUUGGCAUUUCUAGAAGAGGACAUCCGAGAAGUUCUUAAGCAGGAGACUGGAGCAGACAUCUUCAACAGAGCAGACGUCCAGCCAGACUACAGAGCAUGGAAACAUAAUAUGGAUGGCCCAGCCAGAAAAGUGCGCAAGUCCCUUGUGCUAGACCCUUGGGGGAAAGACUGCCUUGACGUCGUACUCUUCCAAGAGCAGGUCAAUGACGCAAAAGUGCCAGAAGAAAGUCUACUGACGAGCUCCUCACUGAUCACCCCGAUCACUGAGCAAGAGGAGUGCAGCCGACCUUUGACUUCUGGGAGAGAGGAGCCCUCACUAGUCCCUGUACAUCCCCAUCACUUCACUAGUCCACAGGUGAAGAAGCUCCCUGCCUCCCACAAAACACCAAAACAUGCAGCGGUACAGGUGAGUGAGUGGGAAGCAGUGGUUUAUGGGAAGACCGAAGACCAGCUGAUUAUGACAGAACAGGCCCGUCAAUACCUGAACCCUUACACAUCGUCUGGCUCUACCUCGAGGGCCCUUGUGCUUUAAAGCCAUCCCCUCGCUGUGCAGGCAACACUACUACACCCAUCCAACAACUAAAACCUCCACUGAAUCCUGUAAGAGACAAUCCAGUGAAGACAAAUGAUUUAUUUUUCUUUUUGAUGCAGAAAUGCACUGCCAAGGACGUCCACAAAAAGGCAUGGCUGCUGGUAUUGUUUUCAACACGUUUCUAUUUGACUACCCAAGUACUUUGUUGUUUAUACAUUUGGCCUGUACUUUCUUUUGAACACACACAACCUGGCUACAUGAGAAGUUUUGUACAGAUAUAAAAAUGCCUAGAUUUUUUUUCUGCACUAGUCAGUAAUGUUGAAACUACCUGCACAUACAGUAGGCUGUAGAAAUAGUGUUUAUUACUAGCAUUGGCUGCUUCUGAGUUUAUAUUGUUAAUAUAUUGUUUAAAUAACAAGAAAGACAUUUUAUAACGGGACGCUACUCAUUGUGUAUCUCAUCCAACUUGUUUUGCUAAACUGCCCCAUUGCUGUUAUCAGAUAAAAACCACGUACAUGUGACAUUUUUAGCUUUUUAUUGAAACCCAUGUAUUUUUAAAAUCACAUCAUGGGUUUUGAACAGACACAGACAGACAGAUAGACACAUAGAGUACAGUAUAUAAUGUUAACCAUGGCUUUUAAAUUAGAGACACAAAAGGAAGGUACGUGGUUUUUUUGGGACAGCAGUGUUACAUUUCUGAAUGCUUAUCCAUGGUGAUGUGAAGUUUUGAGGAUGGAAAUAGGAAGCUGUCAGUAUUGCACUACUGAGUUGAUUUUUCUGCUGAGAAAGGAGCAGUAAUUUUAAGGGCAAACUGGAUAGCACUUGUGAUGGUAUCUUUUUUUAAUAAGACAACUUUUCCUUUCCAAGGCCAUAGUGUCCGUUGAGACAUCGGUUGAAUGUAUUUCAUUGCAAUGUACAUGUGUAAGAACCUCAAGAAUGGAAGGGUACCUUUAUGUUUAUUUCUGUUUGUUUUAUUUAUUAUCUGACAGCUCUAAAGCUUAGAUAUUAAUAUAAAUCGGAUACCAUAAGUUUUUUGUUUGUUUUUUUUUUUAAAGAAGUUUAACUUUGCUGACAAAACAGCCUCAAAACCCUCACUUGCUCUAAAAGCAGUUCUCUCUGUAAUACAAAAUGAAUGGUCACCAUUGCUUUUGUCAGUCAUUUCAGUGUGUCACAGGCAAUAUCGACCAGUUUUCAUAUCAU